CAUGUACGAAACAGGUGACCACGCGUCACAAAGGUGAUGAUGAAGGCGCGUAUGACCGCGACUGCCAUCGAUCGGACGGCAGCUGCUUUGAGGCCUGUGUGUUAUCUGUGCAUGUCUUCUCGUGUGCUCUCCCGUCUCAUGUGACUCCGCAGACAAGCAUCCGUGGCUCCUUCCUCCCGUCCAACCAUGUGUUUCAUGUAGCCUAGCAACGGGGACAAAUGUUGUGAGAUUUUCACUUCAUGUCAGUCCUGCUGUACUGAGAGGGGGAGCGAGAGAGAGAUAGAGAGAGAGUGAGAGCUUGUGCUUAAUAUCACACAUCAGCCCAGAAUGCCCCUAGAAAUAAUACAUUUAAUACUUGUAGGUAAGUAUUAUAUUUGGAGCAUGUAUGUUUCUUUAACUCUUUGUUUAUAAGAAGCCAAUCAUUCAUUAACUAUGCCGCUUUACAGCUAACCAAUUUCAACUGAAUAUACUUAAUAUAUUAAGUAUAAGUAAGGUGGUCCUUUGGCCCCAGUCCAGUUACAUUAAUGGUUCCAAUUAUGAACUUACAUUUUCAUUUUCUCUCUAUUAGUGAUCUAAUGCGAUCCUUUCUUCAUCAUGAUCUUUGGGCCACGUAAUAUUCUAAGCUGCUAGUUUUUACAAUUCUCUACACAGAACUAUGAUUUAUACCUGAACACUAACAGCAGCAUGUCAAGCAGGUAUUUGGAUGCCGGCACGUUAAUGUGUCUUACUCUCAGUCAAGCUGGUCAGUGAGUCUAUAUUUAGCCGUCCACCAGGCCAGCUUGUUGAAAAAUUGAUCGAUAGUGGAGUUGCUGCUAUAGUAACAGUUGCAGUUUUAAUGCUCAGGUGUCACUGGAGCUUCAGUCAGGCAGAGCAUCGUCGAGCAUGGCAACACAUGGAAAAACAAAGCUGUCUCUAAGUCACUGACAUGUCCGCUGGCGGCAAUGGAGCAGAUCAGGGUGAUGGCAAGGUGGACCGCUGUGGUCGGGGGAGCUGGUGGCUGGUAACACUCAAAGACACACCCGCCCCAGGCGUCUACCACAUCCGCGACUUCAUCGAGGAAGCAGAGCUGAACCCUGUGAGGAAGACCUAUGGGUUUAAAGGUGUUGGGAGAAAAGCCCAGACUCUGGGCGUACGUAAGGGGGACCUGCUGCUACCAGGGGCGUACGAUUAUACUGACUUCACCCAGGAGGUCCUGAGGCGCAACAUGUCCUACUCCUUUAAAAACUGCCCUCGGCCUGACGUCAUCACUCUUGGCGUCAGAGACAAGGAUGUAAACACUUCGCCGGGCGAUUACAACGUGGCCGCGAAACCGGUGGAGAAGACUCCCUCCAAGCAUGUGAUGUUUCGGUCGACUGUGCAGCGGAUCAGCUUUCCUCCUAGGGAGGGACCCGCUCCAUGUCUGUAUAAUCCUCACACCCGGCCUGACAAAGGGAUCACUUCCUGCUUCAAAUCCACGUUGCCACGGCUCCACUACGUGCAUCCAAAAACCCCGGGACCAGGAGCCUAUGAACCUCACUGGAAGCUCCAUAACCGCACAAACACUAAAAUCCUGGAACCCCCUUUUAGCCUCUUCUUUCGAAACAUUCCUUAAAUCUUGAUCCUGCUGUUGUGAUCGCUUUGGAACCUCUCACAUCAGCAAAAAUAAAAGUGCAACCUGGGUACUUGGGUUGUGUGAACCA